AUGGUGGCAGAGCAGACGACGGUUGAGGGUUCUCAUAGGGAUCAAACGGAGCCCUCCCACCAAAAGGGACAGGACACAAGGCGGCACUGGCCACGAACGCCUCUGUCACUGUCACCCGUGUCACUGUCGUUUCUGCGUUCAGUGGAGGUCGGCAACAUCGUUCAGGGGCAAAUUCAGCAGAACUGUCAUGUGGGUGCCGUGGCGGGUUCCCUGUUGAGGGAGAUGCAGGGUAUGGAGGAAGAUAUGACUUUCUUCCAUCAGUUGGAGUCCGUGAGGUCACCGCUGUCGUUUCCACUCACGCAAAGCCCGGAACUGCCCACAAUCAUAGCGCAUGAAGAAGCGUCGUCGCAGCGGCAACCGGAAACACAACAGCAACGUGAGAACCCGCAAACGCCUUCUUGCACCGCCUGUGCUGAAAUGGGGGGAGCCUUUGAGCACCCAGUGGAGUCUUGUCAUGAGGUUGACGGUUUUGCCAGGCGGCCGAGCUUCACGCUGUUGCGACCGCAGUCCGAGGAAAAACAGGUGGUGCAAGAGGCUCAAGAGAAGAUGGGGUAUGUGGCGUCCUGCGAGUCACCUGGUUCAGCCUUUGAGUGGGGGUUGCCCCACAUUGAUUUGUACCGAGAGGGACAAAAACAGCAGGGGGAUCCUGCGGAUGUUAUGAUUGCGCUGGAACGAACAGACUCGCUGAUUUCAACACCGCUGAUGAAUUCCGUCACAUGUUUCCGACCCUUUUCUGUCGCUCCCGUGUCUUCGUGCGAGAUGACAUGUGAAGAGGAGCGGGUGGUACUGGAACAGGUUCAGAGGACUGAGCAACAACAACAACUACAACAAAAACAACAACAGCAAGAGGAGUCGCAGAGUCCUUUCUCCGGUUUGAUGGCGAACGAUGCCCAAGAAGUCAUCACGUUACGGCCAACAGUUAGUCGAUUCAUUCUUGAGGGAUCACCAACGCCAUGUCCCUCUAUUUCUCCCUUUGCAUCAACGACGGGAACUGCGUCUUUUGUCCCUUUGGGCACACCCGUACUGCACAUUGAAAGUGUUCCAAGCAUCUUCAUAUCCCCUCUCUCUCGGCCGCUUUCUGCAUGGAUGGACAGUCCACACUCUAUUUAUCCUCCGCGACGAGAGUCUUUUGCGCCCAUGGGGGUUUCUACACCAUCGCAGUUACCGGUCCAGCAGACGACAACGGAAGCAUCGCCGUUUAGUCGGGGAGCCGGGGACGGGGCGUCUGCGGGAUACGCAUGGAGUCUGUCCGGCAUCUUUGAUAUGAGCUUUAAUCGCACCCCGAAGCACUCGCUUAGCUCUAGUCCCUUGCAGCGAGCGCAGGGAUGGUUGCCCACGAGAAACGGAAGCAGCAACAGUGAUGGCGUCUUGACGAACUCUUGGAGCACAGACUCGGUGAGGCAGAGUGAACAGGAUCGGUGCGAGGGAGGGAGGUUGCCGCCCUCACGCUGUGUGGUAAAUGCGGGAACACCGACAAUACCGGCGGCGGCGGCUGCACCGAGUACGAAAGCAACAUCCGGAGAGGCUUCCCAGGAUUUACCGCCCACCACCCUCCGAGUGCCGCCAGUUCAAACCAUGCGUCGGCCACCAACCGUGCCACAGAGAACAAUCCCGCAGGAGUUUCCCAUGCAUGAGGGGGAGUCCAACUUCUGUGGCGACGAAGAGGCCCACACGCUGCUCAGUGAUGAGGAAUUCAGCAAAACCAGUGGUGAAUUGAGUGGCAACGACGAUGAAGGUGGGUUCACACGGACGACGCACCAUCCGUUUCGUCAACGUCUUUUUGAACCGUCGCCUUCGCGUUGGCGGAGCUCGCGCCGCCACAUUUUGCGUGGUGCAUCCAAGCGACAGAAACGGGGAGAUGAUGGCAUGUGGGACCUGUCAGCGAGGCUCAGGGAGUUGGAACGGAUUCGUGUUAGUAAUCAUGAGGCAAUGGAGGAGCGCGAGAUGCAGAGCAUCAUGUCAACGGAGAUGGAUCCCAACCCUGUUGAGACAUCUUGGGUGGAGACCGAGGCAAGUGGUAUCAGUAGCAUAGUUCUUGGCCAACGUCGGCGUCGUGGUAGGGUCCGUGAGGAACUGCGGGAAAAACGAAAGGAUGGUUCACCCGCGGUGCUGGACAACAAUGACGCCUCUUUCCAAGAAAACACUAGUCAUGAACAUGCCAGUAGUGAUGGCGGGAGGGAGACGAAGGAGAGCGGCGGACAGGAGCAAUUGUCUCUGGAGGAAGCCUCGCAUGUCAUUCAAAAGGGGAAGAAAUUGAAGGGAGGGGAACGAAAAGACAGGGAUAUUCAAAGCAGCAGAAGCAGCGGCAGCAGCAGCAGCAUGGGUAACAAUGGCUGUGGGAGGGAUGACUUCAGUGGGAUGCCUAUUUCUUCCCCAUCUUCUUCAGGGUCCCCAGCGAAGGAAAGGAAGCGACGAAAUGGCGGUCCCUUUACGAAUGUCAUGGACCCGUUCUUUGACGUGUGCAGUGACGAAGGGGGAAAAGUCGUAGAGGAGUCCCUCAGCCAUGAGAGGAGGGGUGCGGGUGGUGAAACAUCGCGUCUUGAACCGGAAGCCCGAGAGGAGGGAAAUGCCAUGGUCGCCUUGUUGCCUGGUGUGACAAGCACCGAGGAAUACGAGGCGGUGGGAAAAGAAAAUGAAAAGAAGGGACAUGAAGAUGACAGCGUUGACACAACGAAGACGGUCACAGGCCAAACGACUCUAGAGAGCGGCCUCAGCUCUCUUUGCAUCGAUAGGCACUUGCGUUUGCACAGAAAAACACCCGUUUCCACACCUCGUGUGCUUUUAAAACGCACGCCACGUUUUACGGCGUUGCCACGUCGAGGAAAUAAUUUGUCCGCGUGGGUGCGUAACAUUUCCGUUCAACGCCGUGAGGAAGGCAUGAUGCAGUUCAUUGGAGGAAGCAAAGCGUUCAAAACGAAGGGCUGCCGGGGCUUCCCACCGCCGAUGGAUGAGAAGAAUGAAGGAAGAGACGACAAUAACUUUUCCCAUCGACGACGGAAGGUAGCGGUGAGGGCUUCCGGCAAAAACGAUGAGUCAUCGAUCCAGCGUGGCUGCAAUGACAACAACAACAAUAAUAAUAAUAAUAAUAGCGGCUGUGGUGGCGUCAUGGGCUCAGCGGGUGUCCCAUUCACCACCACCACCACCACAACCACGAAACUGGCCACCGUAACAAAAGCGACCGCAUGGCUAACCCAAUUGCCCGUUAGAGCGUCCAACACGUCUUCUGAGCGUAAGGCGUGUGGUGGUGAGACGGCAUCCCAUGCAUACCCACCAGCCCAACGUGUCAAACUCAACAGAACUGCGAUAACAGUGGCAGGAGUUUCCGCAUCAUCUCUCAUGUCACCGUUAUUGGCAGCAAAUACACCGGUGAGAACACCACCCUUCGCGUCCGUUUUGGCUGCCAUGCACUGGGAAAAACUCUCUCACUCUGCUUGUUUUGUUCCAGCAGGCGGUCGUACGGAGAGGCAUACCAUCGAAUGCUCAAUUCAAACACGAGCCGCAAAGCCACAUUUAUGCACGGCGGCAGAAGCGGUAACACUGACAACAUCUGGGAGUUCUCCAACAAAGUUUGCGUCACGUCCGACAAAGAACGGGAAUGGCCACGCAGGCAUGAAUAGUGGGGGCUUUUCAAAGCCACGCCCAAUAUCCCAGUAUCCCAACGUUAGCCAGCCAACGAUUUCCCGACAUCCGUCUGAUUUGACCUCCGCUACUGUGUCUUUAGAGAAGAGACGUGUUCGUGAAUGUUCACGUGGCGUGUUAGGGAGUCCUGAUAUUGCUGAAGAUCAUGAUUAUGCGCCAUGCCCUUCGCGUGGCACCAGCAAAAUAACUGCUCAGGUGAUCUCUUGUGAUAGUUCGAUAAGCACAAAUGAGCUUAACACGUCACCGUUAGGGGGACAACCUCCACAUGGAGGCAGUUCUGGAAUCACAGAUUUUUCACACACAGCACCGACCUCACGUCCUAAGCCAUUUCACGUGAAAUCCAACUGUAAGCCUUCUAGUAAGCCGUCGACACGUUUUUUGAAUCAUUCAAAUUACUGUUUGCCUGGAACCGGUACAUACGAUGCACCGCAUUCUGUGGAUUUAUGCACGACCUCUGGUUGGAUGGGGGGUCCGCGAUUGACUCAGCCACUUGAAAGGGUUUUGCCAUCGAGAGCCGCUGCGGUGACCAGCCAAAAACAAACACGCCAUACUGCUGCUACCACAACCGCACGCAAAGGGGAAUUGGUGAAGUUUUCAAGAUCAAAAACACUGCAGGGUUGUUCAGCUGUUGUGACGGCACCGAUGAUGACAGGAUCGCUCCAUGCAUCGAAGGGUGCGAAGGGAGGUGCAAACGCCGGUAACCAACACCGUCCUCACCCGACGUCUGUUACGCCGAACAAAACACGGAUGACAUCGCGCUAUCCGCAUGGUGGUGUCAAAAAUAACCCCAUUACCAUGACGACUGAGCUACGAUCCCGCCCGGGCUUUUUCUCUCGCAUUGAUAUCGAUCAUCGGCCCUCACAGUCACGCUUUCUGCGACUAACUACUGCCCCAUCUUGA